GGCGCCCGGGGGCAGCACCCCGACCCUGCGCGGGGCCCGGGCCCGCCCGCGCCUCCGGCGGACGGCGAUGUGGCGGCUGCGGCUGCUCGUCCUGGGGGUGCUGGCGGCGGGCACCGCCGAGGCCCAGGCGAACUCCACCGACGGUUUUCUUGAAUUUUCUGUGGGAAAAUUUACAUACUUUCUGCUCAGCAGUCCCUUUCCACAGGGGGCCAUUCUACGUCAUAUUUCAAGCAAUGUGACCUUCCUUCUUUUCCAAAUACACUCACAGUAUCAGAACACCACCAUUUCGUUUACUAAGACUCUUCUUCCGGGCACCUCAGAGACAGGUAAUGACAGAGGCCUGGUUUUCAUCCUUAGACCCGAGCAAACUAUGUGCACUUGGUACUUGGAGACGAAAGAUGCCAAGCCUGUUCAAAAUGUGGCCAUUCCACUCUCCUACUCAGAAAGAGAUCCUAUUCCUGGAGGCUGUAAUUUGGAGUUUGAUUUAGAUAUCGAUCCCAACAUUUACUUGGACUAUAAUUUUUUUGAAACAACUAUCAAGUUUGCACCAGCAAACCUAGGCUAUGCAAGAGGUGCGGAGCCUCCACCGUGUGACGUGGACACGGGCCAGGAAUCCAGGUGGAGGUUGCAGUAUGAUGUGUAUCAGUACUUUCUGCCUGAGGGCGACCUCACUGAGGCCUCGCUGCUCCAGCAUCUUCAAAGGAUGGCCCAGGUGCCCCAAGUGAAGGCCAGUGCGGACAAGGUGGUUACCCUAACAGCGGAUGAUAAAACGACUGUGUCUUUCUCUUCCCUCCUGGGACAAGGAGUCAUUUAUAAUGUCAUCGUUAGGGAUCCGUCCCUCAAUACAUCUGCUGCUUAUGUUCCCGUGCACACAUAUGCCUGCAGCUUUGAGUCAGUGGAUGGUAACUGUAUUUCUCCUGGAAGAGUACCCACCAAAGUGUUCUUCACUCUGCUUGCCCUGCUUGGGCUCUUCGUUUGUUUCUUUGGACACAGAUUCUGGAAAACAGAACUAUUCUUCAUUGGCUUCAUCUUCCUGGGGUUCUUCUUUCACAUCCUCAUCACCAGACUGACGCCCCUGGAGUAUGACGUUCGUCUGGUCCUCACGGCUGUAGUCGGCAGCCUCGGUGGGAUCUUCCUGGUGGCCUCAUGGUGGCGAUUUGGGACCCUCAUGCUCUGCAUGCUGUGCGUUGGACUCGUGCUGGGCUUCCUCGUCUCUUCUGGGACUUUCUUCACUCCUCUGGGAAAUCUAAAAGUUUUUCGUGACGAUGGAGUGUUUUGGGUGUCGUUCUCUUGCAUAGCUCUGCUCAUUCCCGUCAUCUUCAUGGGCUGCCUAAGAAUACUGAACAUCCUGGCUUGUGGAGUUGUGGGCUCCUACUCCGUGGUGUUGGCCAUUGACAGUUAUGUGUCCACAAGCCUCUCCUACAUCACGCUGAACGUCCUCAGGAGAGCUCUCAACACGGGUUUCCGAGGAGCUUUCAUCAGAGUGCCCUUCCAGACUAACGACUUCCUCGUCCUGGCCGUGUGGGGGAUGCUGGCUGUCAGUGGAAUUACACUGCAGAUUCGCAGAGAAAGGGGACUGCCACCUUUCCCACCCCAUCCCUACAAGCUGUGGAAGCAAGAGAGAGAACGCAGAGUGACUAACAUUCUGGACCCCAGCCACCAUGUCCCUCCGCUGAGAGAGAGGCUGUAUGGCCGACUCACUCAGAUCAAAGAGCUCUUUCAGAAGGAACAGCCUGCCGGAGAGCGGACACCCCUGCUUCUGUAGAAGGCUGAGGGCUUGGUCAGUGUGCCUCACCCUGGAGUUCUCAUCUAGACUGCCCAGCUGUCCCAGGUCCAGUGCGGGAUCAGCUGCAGUCAGUGAUAGGGUGGGUGCCCCUGUUGACAGUAGUGGAGUUAGAACAUUCUAGGUGGUGGUGAGAAAAAAAUCACCAAACAGCUGUUUGUAGAAUGCUUUGCCUCAUUUUCCACAAUCCUGAGAAGUUACCCUUGGUUUAUAAAUACGAUUGAUGUGUUUUAUAAAAUAUACCAAAAAAUAAAAGUGUCAGUUCUCCUUCAA